UCAUCUAUUUCUCUCUUCGUCUCACAAUUCGCCCUUCGUUCUUAUUAUUUUCCCUAAUUUAAAAAGUUUAUAAAAUAUUGUGCUAAGAAAUAAUUUCUCAUCUCCCUUUUACCAAUCGGUAUCUUGAAUCUGAAUCGGAGAAGAGAGAGACGCCGGCGGGUUUCGGCAGCGCCAUAUGAGAAGUGGAGGAACCGAGUUUAGUUCCUAAUCGCUAGUUCCGAAUCGCGAAACUCAGAUAUCGAGGUUUGAGAAUUGCGGAAUGCCUCUAAAACCGUCCUAUUCGGCGGAGAAUCUGAUGCUUCCGGUAUCCGAUCCUCCCAACGAAGAAGACAGAGAGAGGCUUUUGAAGAGCGAUAGUAAGACCUUCCGAGGACGAAGGAUUUACGCUGCCAUCUCUUACAUGUCAUGUGCAGUGCUCUUGAUACUGUUCAAUAAAGCUGUUCUUUCCUCCUAUGACUUCCCGUCUUCGAGUAUCGUCACGCUUCUUCAGAUGGUAUGUUCAUGUUGUUUUCUUUAUGUAUUGAGGCGCUGGAGGAUGAUUUCUCUCAUAGCAGGCGAAUCAGUUAUUACAGCAGAUAACUCGAAGAAGUUUGUGCCACUGAGGACUUUGAAGCACACUCUUCCUCUAGCAGGAGCAUAUUUACUUUACAUGUUAGUCACCAUGGAGUCUGUUCGUGGAGUAAAUGUUCCAAUGUACACCACCCUUAGGAGGACCACAGUGGUAUUUACAAUGCUUGUAGAAUAUAUGCUGAUGGGGAAUAGGUACACAUCUUCUGUCACUUUCAGUGUUGGCUUGAUUGUCUUCGGUGCAUUUAUUGCGGGAGCACGGGAUUUCUCCUUUGAUGCCUAUGGCUAUGCCAUUGUUUUCCUGUCAAACAUCAGUACAGCUAUAUAUCUUGCAAUGAUAGCCCGUGUUGGAAAAACUAGUGGCCUUAAUAGCUUUGGCCUUAUGUGGUGCAAUGGUAUCAUAUGUGGGCCCUUUUUGGUUAUUUGGACGUUAGUACGGGGUGACUUGAAGAUGACACUCAACUUUCCAUACCUUUUUUCACCUGGUUUUAUUGUUGUUUUACUUUUUUCCUGCAUACUUGCUUUCUUCCUGAAUUACAGUAUUUUUCUGAACACAACUCUCAAUUCAGCUCUGACUCAGACAAUAUGUGGUAAUCUGAAGGAUCUAUUCACUAUUAGCUUUGGCUGGAUAAUUUUUGGUGGGCUACCAUUUGAUUUUGUGAGUACUCUUGUCCCGACUGAUUUUUUAUCAUUCGAGGUAUUUUUCUUGUUCAUAUGCGUUUUUGUUGCAGUGGAAUGUAGUGGGGCAACUUCUGGGUUUUGUGGGCUCUGGUUUAUUUGCCUACAAUAAGCUCAUCGGCAAAUAACUCACUCAAGUUUGUGCAGUUGAUGUCUUUAUUGUUUAGGGACUACCAUUUACAUCUGUUAUCUGACCUUCAAUACAUCCCUUUACAAGGAGAACCUUUAGAAGGAGAAGAAUCUGAAUUGAUUCUACACGUACUCUAUUCUAAUUUAUUGGGAGAUUUUGUUGAGUCAAAGUUGACAUCAAGACAUAUCUCAUGGCCUUAGUAUAUUCUCCCUGCCUUUGAUCUAGCAAUGAGUUCACCUAGUUUAUUUGAUGAA